AGAAACCCGGCGCCUGCCCGGCGGCGGCCCCCGAGGGGCUCUUUUACCCCUGCUCCUUCCCCUGCCUGGAGGACAAGGACUGCCUGGGAGCGCAGAAGUGCUGCCCGCUGGGCUGCGGCCCUGCCUGCCUGGAGCCGGUGCAGA